AUGGAGGAGAGAAGUCAUUUCCUCUUGUCAAUCACGUUCUUGCUGGUGGUGCAGUACAGUUCUCUAUAUAUGGCUGAAUUAACUAUCGGCACAGAUGCAACACAAACCAACAUCACAACGGACCAGUCUGCUCUUCUUACUCUGAGAUCCCAUAUCACCAGUGACCCUCACAACAUCUUGGUCAACUGGUCAACCACCACCUCCGUCUGUAACUGGUUUGGCGUUACUUGUGGUGCUCGCCAUCUCAGAGUAGCAUCAUUGAAUCUCUCAUACAUGGGUUUUAUUGGCACAAUUCCACCACACUUGGGCAACCUCUCAUUCCUGGUUGCACUAAGCUUCAACAAUAAUAGCUUCCAUGGUGGGAUACCAAGAGAAAUAGGAAAUUUAACAAUGCUGAAGGAGAUAAACUUGGGCCACAACAAUUUCAACGAAAUUCCAAAUGAGAUUGGCUCUUUAGAUCAACUGGGGAUGCUGACUGUGCGGGUGAAUGCCCUAAAAGGGCAUGUUCCUGUGACUGUUUUCAACUUGUCUUCUUUGAUUAUUUUGAAUCUAUAUGGGAACAACUUGAGUGGUGGUCUUCCAGACAAUAUAUGCCAACAUCUUCCUAGUGUUCAGGUGAUCAAUUUGGGUCGCAACCAGUUUGAUGGUCCACUUCCAUCCAAAUUACGGCAAUGCAAAGAGCUUCUUAUAUUAUCAUUGGAGAAUAACAAUUUCAGUGGAAGCAUACCCAGAGAUAUUGGGAACUUAACGCAGUUACAAGUGAUUGCACUUGGCAUCAACAAUUUGACAGGCACCAUACCAGAUGAGAUCGCUGAUCUUCAAAAUAUAGAGUAUUUGGCAAUCGAUCAUAAUAAUCUGAAUGGCCUCAUCCCAUCCUCAAUCUUCAAUAUGUCCACGAUAACACAACUGUCGCUUAGUUUUAAUCAGCUAUCAGGUACCCUCCCAGCAAACAUAGGCCUUGGGGUUCCAAACCUACAACUCCUUCUUAUAGCAAUGAAUGACCUUAGCGGAGUAAUCCUCAACCUCUCCAAUGCUUCUAUGCUCACGAGGAUAGACUUGGCCGAAAACUCAUUUACAGGGUUUAUUCCAAGCACGCUUUGUGCCUUGACAAACCUUCAGGGGCUUAGAUUAAACACAAAUAAUUUGAUGAUUCAGACUUCCACUCUCUCUUGUUUGGCUAAUCUUGGAAGUUUGAAAACACUAGACUUGGGAAAAAAUCCGUUAAAUAUCAGACUUGAUGAUUCCUUUCGGAAUUGCUCUUCUACAUCGCCCCUUCAAUAUAUUUAUUUAUCUAAUUGCAACAUGAGGGGCAACAUUCCCAUUUGUAUUGCCAACUUGAGCAGCUUGCUAACCUUAGACCUGGAAAAUAAUCAAUUGAGUGGAUCAAUUCCAACUUCACUGGGAAGACUAGGGAAUCUCCAAGGUUUGCGGUUGGAUGAUAACAAGUUGCAAGGAUACAUCCCAUAUCAACUUUGUCAACUUGAUAAACUAGUUGAAUUAUAUUUGGGUAGUAAUCAGCUCUCUGGUUCUAUACCUUCAUGCUUGGGCAGUCUAGCCACAUCUCUAAGAACUCUCUCACUAGAGUCCAAUUCGUCGAGUUUCACAAUACCAUCUACUUUUUGGAGACUUGCCUAUAUCUUGCAUCUAAACUUAUCAUCCAAUUCUCUAAUUGGACCUCUCUCACAAGAUAUUGGAAACUUGAAAGUUGUGAUAGAUGUAGAUUUAUCAAAUAACCAUUUAUUUGGUAUUCUACCAAGCACCAUUGGGGCUCUUCAUGAUUUGGUUACACUCUCCUUGGCAAAUAAUGAUUUGGAAGGUCCUAUUCCAAGUUCAUUUCAUGACUUGCUCAACCUGCAAUUCUUGAAUUUAUCCAAAAACAAUAUGUCUGGAGUGAUCCCUAAGUCUUUAGAAGCCCUCUUAGUUCUCAAGUAUCUGGAUUUGUCUUUCAACAGGCUCCAAGGAGAAAUUCCAACUGGUGGACCAUUCCAAAACUUCUCCGCUCAAUCAUUUGUCUCAAAUAGUGCGCUAUGUGGUGCAGCCCGACUUCAUGUUCCACAAUGGAGAAUUAGUAAACGUGAACCAAUUUGGAGGAAACCUAAAUAUAUUAUCCCAGGGAUCAUAUCAGUAAUUUUCCUAGUGGCCUCCAUAUCUUUAUUUGUACUAUGCAGGAAAAGGAAUGUUGAAGUUCCAACAGAGGCUACCUCGUUGCCCCAACUUCUUUGGAGAAGAUUUUCACACCUAGAACUUCUAAGGGCAACGAAUGGACUUAACGAAAACAACUUACUUGGAAGUGGGGGUUUUGGCUCUGUAUAUAAGGGGACACUUUCAGAUGGAAUAGAUGUUGCAGUAAAAGUUUUCAGUUUACAGCUAGAAGGGGCUUUCAGGAGUUUUGAUACGGAAUGUGAAAUGCUAAGCAAUAUUCGUCAUCGAAACCUUAUCAAAAUCAUCAGCUGCUGCAGUGAACUUGAUUUCAAAGCCUUGGUAUUGAAUUACAUGCCAAAUGGGAGUUGA